GUAACGGAUUGCGGCGGCGAUCGAUUCUCUCGGCUUGCCUUUCCGCCCCCCCCUUCCCGGUCACACGCACCAUCCCAAUCCUGCUCCCGAUCCCGGUGCGAGGGGAUGUAGGAGGACGCACGGCCGCAGGUACCCGGGCAGCGCCGCCGCCACGUCCCCCGGCGCGCCGCCUACCGCCUGCAAGAGCGGGCGCAGCCGCCGCGGCCGUGUGGCGCUCCUCGCGGACACCGGGACGGGGCACCGUCGUUCCCCGUGCGCCCCACCCCGGCCCCGCCUCGCUCUCCGUGCCUUCCCGCGCCCCGGGGCCAUGGAGCACGCGUUCACGCCGCUGGAAUGCCUCCUGCCCGCCGGAAACCUGAAGUUUUGCCUUCUGAUUCUGAACCAGCCUUUAAACAAAGGUCAUUUUCAUUGUCUGUGGAGCAAAGCUGCCCUGAGAGCUUGUGCUGAUGGAGGUGCCAAUCGUCUCUACCACAUCACAGAAGGGAGCCAGGAAAACUUCUUGCCUGAUUACAUCAGUGGUGAUUUUGAUUCCAUUCAGCCUGAAGUCAAGGAGUACUACAGGGUCAAGGGAUGCGAGUUAAUUGAGACCAUGGAUCAGGACCUCACAGAUUUCACCAAGUGUCUUCAGAUACUCCAGAAAAAGAUAGAGAAGAAGGGCCUCCAGAUUGAUGUGAUUGUGACUUUGGGCGGACUUGGAGGACGCUUUGACCAAACAAUGGCAUCAGUGGAAACGCUUUUUCAUGCAACAAAUAUCACUCCCUUUCCAGUCAUAGUUAUCCAGGAGUGCUCGCUGAUUUACCUGCUUCAAUCUGGGAAGCACAAGCUGCGUGUGGACACGGGACUAGAAGGCACCUGGUGUGGCCUCAUCCCCAUUGGGAACUCCUGUGAGAGCGUGACCACGACAGGCCUUAAGUGGAACCUCACUAACCAGGUGCUGAAGUUUGGAACACUCGUCAGUACUUCCAACACCUAUGAUGGCUCUGGGACUGUGACUAUCGAGACAGACAAACCUUUGCUGUGGACAAUGGCUAUCAAAAGAUAAGAUCAGCUACAGCUGCCUUUUCUGAUCCAACACAACUCCAAUUACUGCAAAAUUUCACUGAAUUAAGACAGUAAAGCUGUUCCAAAAAAUAUAAGCAGGUAUUGAUUUUAUGUAUCAAAUGGAAAACAAGUCUGAAAUAAAAGUUACUUGAGAUCCAAUC